GCACAUUGCCAAGGCCGCAGACGUUCACGAUCUUAUAAAAGCUUUUUCCGUGUGAAUUUUUCUGCAUUGUAUUAUAUACCUAAACGGCUCAACCGCGAUAACCGACGUCGGUCACAUUCAUGCGAAUACCAUGGCUAACGCGAUUUUCCUCUCAAUAUCGGUGCUGUGCAGUGCGGGAUGGGCUUUAGGGCAGGAGGACGUGAUCAGAACCAGCUUGUUCCCGCCGCUUCCCGUCGCAGUCGCCAGGAGUUCGAAUACGGUGUGCAAGGAGCAUAGUGACCUUUAUGUGGAUAGCUUGAGGAACUACACUCUGUGGGCGUAUGAAAUGUGGGACGCGACAGCCAAAUCCCCAACAGGAGUGCUCAGAGGCAGCGUCUUCCAAAUGGGGCACUUCGAGCAAUGCCUCUCGGCGCGGGCUCCGUUUCCCGCCAAAUAUUGCCUGGCGACGCUCACGGCGAAUGUUCCAGAGCCCAGCCCGCCCAGGAAAGAUUUCCUUUCCCUAGAUUUCGAUCCGCAAGGCUCGGUAUUUCAUAGACUGUAUAAAUACGACGAUGUCUCGCAACAAGCUAGAAACUCAAUCAAGAUGGGCUGGUGUAUUCCUUCCUCGUGUUCUAUUUUGGACUUGGAGGAGUAUCUGAACCAGUAUUUGAAUAGAGUAGAUAACAGUUUGAAAAGACAGAACGUCACGUACACAGCGCAGUUUCACGAGGAGCUUUGUAAUACCAAAGCGGAAUCCCAGUACUUUGAUAAUGCUGAUAUCUCCUUUUGCCUCCUUACUGUGAUACUGAUCUUUAUGGUCUUCUUGGCGACAGCUUACGACUACAUAAGCAGCUACCAGACCAAAGACGAGAAGCCUUUAAAAAGGUCUAGACCUACCAAAUUGCUAAUGGCGUUUUCAGCAAGAGAGAACUUCCACGAACUGAACAAGACCGAGGACUCCAAUCCAGCUCUGGGAAUAUUGUAUGGGAUGAGGACGAUAUGUAUUCUGGCCAUCAUCAUGGAUCACAGAUUUGGAACUUUCAUCUCUGCCGCUAUUCUGAACUUCGACUAUUUAGAAUCGCAAUACAGAUCAUCGGUGGCCUGCGUACUUUUCCACGGCGACUUGUUCGUCGAUUCGUUCUUCCUGUUGAGCGGACUUCUGGUGGUGUACGUUCUGUUGAAUCAGUUCGAGAAAAGGAGGGUGAACCCCGGAUUCAUCGUGCUUCUAAGAUAUAUCAGAUUGACUCCAAUCUAUGCUUUUGUCAUAUUCUAUUACGCAACGAUUUUCAACCACUCCGGAGAGGGCCCGUUAUGGAAAGUGGUGGCAGGUGGAGAUUCCAAGGAUUGCAGAAAGAACUGGUGGACGAAUUUGCUGUACAUCAGCAACUAUGUCAACGCGGAUCAUAUGUGUAUGACCCACUCCUGGUACCUGCCGUGCGAUUUCCACUACUUCAUCAUCGCCGUAGCAGUGUGCCUGAUCAUCAACAAGGAACGCAAAGUAGGCCUCGGCACGCUGCUGAUCCUGACCAUCGUUUCCAUGGUGAUCCCAUUCGCUUUGACCAUCAUCUACCAACGACCCGGAUUGAUGCACUUUUAUCCGGAGUUCCUGACCGGACCGAAGACGUAUAUUGACUUCAAGCUGACUUACAGCAAGUCGCAUACGAGAGCUACCCCGUACUUCGUGGGAAUGUUCGCCGGGUACAUUUAUUAUAAGCUGAAGGGGACCAAUGCUCACGUUUGCUGGAGGAAGUCACUGAUGAUCAUAGGAGCAUCAUUGUCAGUCAUGUUGAUCUCCGUAUUCAGUGCAAAGGUCUUUUACGAUCCAUACCACCCCUACAACUCUAUCGAAGCAGCUAGCUACGCAGGACUUCAUAGGUUAGCUUGGGCAGUUGGAAGCGUAGGACUGCUCUAUGUAGCCAGCUUUGGACAUGCGAGUUUCUUCAGGAAAGUACUAUCAUGGCACCCAUGGAUACCACUCAGUAAACUGGUUUAUGGCGCGUAUUUGAUCCACAUGUCUUUCCAGCUCAGGUCUGCUGCUAAAUUCAUGAAUCCCAGGCAUCUAACAUACUUCGACGUGAUAAGCCUCUCGUUGUCAGAUAUGGUGCUGGCCUUCUCGUCGGCCCUGGGCCUCUUUUUGACGAUAGAAGCGCCGUUCAGGAAGAUCUUCAAAGAGCUCUUGAUGACUCCGAAAGAGAAAGACGGCAAAUCCACGACAGGAAGAAUGCAUUCCGGAGAUAACAUGAUCAACAACAACAACACCAGUGUUAACAAUAAUCACGAAGAUAGUCGGUUGUGAAUUUGUGGUUGUUAAUUUUUUUCGCCAAAAACAGUGUCAAAUAAGUAAGACUUUCAUCACCGCGUCUGGAUCGGGCUCCUUUAAUGAGUCUUGAAUCUGAUAAUCUCAUCAAGAGGUGUUUCCUUGGAUACAUUUAAGAAGCAAACUGCAAUACAGGUACUGCAUAUAAACAAGGUUACGGUUACGAUUGGCUUUGAACAUACAGGGUGUUAAGCCUUUUCUGAAAAAGGAUUGUAAUCAACCUUCAACCGAUUUUGAUAUAAUUUUGCAGCAGCAGGAUGGUUUACCGAAAUUUUAACUGAAAUCGUUUAAAAAAGCGCUUUAUUUGUUGAUACCAUAAAUUAACAUUAUCAUUUAGAUCGCUGGAAUUACAUGUAGUUGAAUGAAGAUGAGUUUAAACACUAAAAAAAUCAAUAACGACCUCAGGAACGACUUAAUCGCGUUCAACGCGUUCAUCUGAAAAUUGAAAUCAUGCUCAGGAAGAUUCUGCAAAAUUGCUAUCUUGUAAGGAUGGAAAAGAAGAUCAUCGUGAAGAAUCCUCCUCAUAGAAAGAUCGGAAAGUCGAACGACAGACGCAUGUUUGCGCGCAGAACAACAUUGAAUCUGUCACUGAAUCAGUAUUUUCAGGUGAUUUUACGGGGGACUCCAGUUCUUGACGUGUCACAAUUGGCGAUGUAUUUUAUUAGAACUCCGUAUAAAAGCGCAUUUUAACAUCUCUAGAUUAAAACUGCUCUGUUAUGAUAGCAAAAUGACUGUGAGUUGAAAUGUUAUUCUUCGACGGCUAUUUCUAAACUGGUGCUUUGCAACAAGGAAAAUUUUACCCAGAAUCAAAUCUCGAUAUUUUCGGAUCGGAAAGAGAUAUCGAGUUUAGGUGUUCGGGAGGCUCAAGACCAACUCUUUGAGAAUACAUGUAGAGUUCGACCAUGAAAUUCAUUCUACUUAUCCAUUUAUACAGGGUGAGAAAACAAAGUCAGUCAGUCAGUUCUUUUUAGCAAAGUUUGAGGCUAUGUCAGAUUCUCAAUUUUUCAUGUUGGUCAUUUUUCUAUGCAUCUUUUUGAUCUUUGGACUAUACUAAAAAAAAGUGAUUUCAAAUUUUUUUCGAAAGUUGGCUAUAACUCGAAUUUUAAAGGAGUGUUACAUUUAUCCCUAAAAAGGUACUUUUGGGGUUUCUCUUGGGAAUGGGUGUCUAUCCUACUGGCUGCGCCAGUUAUGUUGCCGAAAUGACCGUUCGGGUUUAAAAAAAAAUUAUUUUUACUUUACAAGACUGACUACAGUAUAACUUGAAAUAUUUUACAAUGGAUAAAAUGUACAAUACGACGAACAAACGAGGAAUCUGCGGAAAGCAUGAAGAACCUCUAUUUAUCAACUCGGGCUUGGAUGCUUUCUUCAGCAUUUUCUUCUUCCACGUGCAUCCUUUUCUGCAUCAUAACUUACAUAAAAAUGUUAACCAACUGCGCUAGAAAAUUGAUGAAGCAGAAAUAAAAGUUAUGGAAAACGCAAAUUUAUUUCAAAGAUUAAAGGACAAUUUUAUUAGGUGUCGCUUGUAUAUAGAAAAUAAUGGAGGUCAUUUCGAACAUGUAGGUGGUAAGGAUUCUAUUGCGUUUCUUGCCAACGUGACAUGAUACACUCAUCGUAGCAAAAUGAAAUUUUCAGGGUUUAUUCUACAAGGAUUUAAAUUGAUUUUAAAAUAUAAUGGAUAAUGAAAUUCAACCUCAAUUUUUUUUACCGCUCUCCAAAGUUGAGGGUGGAAGCGAUUUUUCACAAAAAAAAUUAAUUUAAGAUUUUUUGCGUUGAUUUCUAAUAAGCUCUGUUGAAAAGUGAGAUAACCAUAACCUAAAACUAACCAUUUAGCUCAUCUUGGAAAACAAAUCACAGCUCUAAACCUAAUGGCUUAGUUGUAAUUGCGAUUGAAAGUUCAUUCUCCCGUUUUUUCAAAAUUGCAAAUAUACUAACUAUAAAAUUUCGGAUCACACAUAUACGGGUCCAUUCGCUAUGACAUCCGUUGAUCUACUACUAACUUUACACCCUGUCGAUAAAUAAAAUAAAUAUACAGAUCGAACCGUGAAUGUGUUCUCAAAGAGUUGGUCAAGAACCUCUAGAGUACCGUUCCGAAAAUAUCGAGAUUUGAAUUUAGGUAAAAUUUUCUAUGUUGCAAAACAAACUAACUGGCCACCAGUUUAGCUUCAGGGGCAGCCUAGCAUUUAUUAUUCGAUAAUGUUGCAAGCUUUGGGGAUGUACAUCAUAAAUUUUAUUACCCGAGCAUAUUUUUCAAAUUGUGCAGAAGUACACUGUGAUUUUUUACAAGGUCAAGGUCUUACUAUAAAUUGUAGCUGCUUAGUUGUAUUAUAUGCUUCAAUCAAUGCAAGAACUUUACGCGCAAAAGACAAUCUAGUGAUAGGUGAGUGAUAACGAUAUUGUCACCCUAUAAAUACAGGGUGCGGCAGAGAGGAUGGACGGUUUUAAAAAAAUCAUAAAAUAGUUAAUUUUUACUCGAAAACAAAUUUAUUGAUGGAAUCAGGUUCACAAGGAAAUAGCAUUUGAGACAGUCAAGUGUGGAAAAUCACAUCAGGCCGAAAUCGUUGAUGCAGUGCUGUAGGCGUUCUUGGAAGUUCGCGUAGACUCUCUCCAACAUCGCUCUCUCAACUUGGGCGACUUCCACGCGAAUUUCGCCCUUCAA